AUGGCAUCAUCAUCAGCAAGCUCUGAUGAGGGCGAGAUUCGAGAUGGAGUAGUGGAGAAGAAGGCAACUACGUCGCUGCGUACAUUGGAUGGCACUUCCGUUGACCGUCAAGACAGAACCCGUUCUAGUACGACUUCUAUGUCACCACGCUCCCCUGAACAGUUAUAUAGAUCCAGAGAUCAAAGAAGUCGUUCUCCUUAUUCCGACCGAUACUCUCGAGGCUCGAAGAGACCUAGAGAUGACGACUACCCAGACCGUAGCAGAAACGAUCCAAGACGAUUUAAAGUUCAUUACGAAGAUUCAUCUCAAGACUAUAGACGCCGCCCGCAAGUUUCAUACGAAGACAUCGAUAAAGGACCAGCAAACUCAUCUGAAUUACGAAAUGGACGAAAAGGACAAGCGAUGAACAAUGGUGGCCGGUAUAGUAAUUACUCUGAUAGGAACAAACCUUACGGGUAUGGAGGUUCAUACCGAAGUUCAAGAGACCAGUCAGUGAGCAACCGGGAAAAGGGCCCGCUGCCUACUGAUAAUUCAAGAUACGGGGCUAAAAUUACUCAAGGGCAAUUGCAACAGCAUAAACAUCAGGGUAAUGGAAGUGCGAUGGAAAUAUCCACCCCUGCAGAGGAAGCUCCUACGGAAGUUGCAGAAGAGCAAAUCGAUGAAGCUACACUCAUAGAGCGACGACGCAAACGUCGCGAAGCAAUCAAAGCUAAGUAUAGAGGUUCUGGCACACCCUUAUUAGUACAGGCUCUGCACUUGGGCGACAAAUCCGGAGGAUCCACUCCUGGACCAGGUGAAGAUAAUAGCCCCUCAGUUCUGACCGCCUCGACACCGGCAACUCCUAUGGAUACAGGAUCCCCUUCCGCGUUCGCAAUCACUGACGAUCAGGAUCUUGCCAACUCCCAUGGGAAUUCGACAGCAGGUGAAGAGGAUGGACCUUCAGCUGCAGAUUAUGAUCCGACUGUGGAUAUGAGAGAAGAUAGGCAACGUGACGGCCAGCGACACACUGAUGAGAUAUCGUCUGGAGCAUAUAAUGAAACGAAGCCCACAUCUGAGCAAGAUGUUCUUCUUCCAGCCGCAAUCGCGCCAGUUGAAGUCAAGGCUCCGAAAGCUAGGGAUGAAUUCGAUAUGUUCGCAGACGAUGACGAUGAUGACAUGUUUGCCGAAGACUCAGUUGCAGAUGAGAAGCCUCAAGCUGUCACGAACGGUGAUGUUGCUAAAGCAGUGCCUAUUCCACAGGCUAAAGAGCUCGACAUUGGCAUGCUUGAUAACUGGGAUGAUCUUGAGGGUUACUACAAAAUUAUCCUAGGAGAACUUUUGAAUGGUAGAUAUCAUGUUCAAGCAAACCUUGGAAAAGGUAUGUUCUCGGGUGUAGUUCGUGCUAUGGACAUCACUACAAAGAAGUUGGUUGCAAUCAAGCUUAUUAGGAAUAACGAGACUAUGAGAAAAGCUGGAAUGAAAGAGAUUGAGAUUUUGCAGAAGAUUAAUGAUGCAGAUCCGGAGGACAAGAAACAUAUGAUACGGUUGGAACGAUACUUCGAGCACAAAGGUCAUCUGUGUAUGGUCUUCGAACAUUUGAGUAUCAAUCUACGUGAGGUUCUGAAGAAAUUUGGAAACAACGUCGGUAUCAACCUCAGAGCUGUGCGAGCUUAUGCCCAGCAAAUGUUCCUCGGACUCAGUUUGAUGAAGAAGUGCAAUAUUUUGCACGCGGAUUUGAAGCCUGAUAAUAUUCUGGUCAAUGAAAGUCGAAAUAUGCUCAAGAUUUGUGAUUUGGGAUCAGCUUCCGACGCCACUGAUAAUGAGAUCACUCCCUAUCUUGUUUCUCGUUUCUAUCGUGCACCGGAAAUUAUCCUUGGCAUGAAAUAUGACUUUGCAAUCGAUGUGUGGUCUAUUGGAUGUACCCUUUACGAGUUGUAUACUGGUAAAAUUCUUUUUACUGGUAGAUCCAAUAACCAAAUGUUGCGCUCUAUUAUGGACUGUCGCGGUAAAUUCUCAGUCAAGAUGCUUAAAAAGGCUGAUUUUGCAGGCGUUCAUUUUGACGACAUGUUGAAUUUCAGGAGUGUUGAGCCUGACAAAUUGACCGGCAAGGAUGUCGUCAAGACGAUGGCAUUCGCAAAGCCAAGCAGAGACCUUCGUACUCGUCUAAUCUCUGCGUCAAAAGGGCUGACAGAGGUUGAGCAGAAAGAGCUGACAUUGUUCGGGGACCUAUUGGAACGAUGCUUGGCACUUAACCCAGAGAAAAGAAUUACACCUACGGAAGCACUAAAGCAUCCUUUCAUAGCAAAGAUGAUGAAAUAA